AUUAUUAGAGUGAAGUAGCGUUAACUUAAUUAAAAUAUGAAGUACUUUCAGAGCCUUAUUUUAUUACUUGCUUUAUUGUACUGUAAAGCAAAUUUUGUUCAAGAUGAGUUUGCAUAUUUUGUCGAUUAUGUUAAUGAAUAUAUCAAUUACACCACUUACUAUACUCUACUAACAAAUAAUUCGUUUUUAGUUAAUGUGAACGAUUCUGAAACAUACGAUUAUGGAACAUUUGAUUUCAUUGUCGUCGGAGCGGGUACGGCUGGUACACUUCUCACACGGCGAUUAACUGAAGUUACGGGUUGGAAAAUACUAUUGCUGGAAGCUGGUAAUGACGGAAACAAUUUCACCAAUAUACCUUUCAUGAAUUUAUAUACGAGAAACUCUGAAUAUAACUGGGGAAUUACAACGGUACCUCAAAAUAAAAGUUGCUUAGGUAUGGUAGACCAAAAAUGUGUAUAUCCGACCGGUAAAGGUUUGGGAGGUACCAGCAUUAUAGCUGAUAGUGUUUAUGCUAGAGGAAAUAAGGCUGAUUUCAAUUCUUGGUUAGAUUUAGGAUUAGAUGGUUGGAGUUACGACGAUAUCCUACCUUAUUUCAUGAAAACUGAAAAAAUUGAUAUGAACUCUUAUGAUGCGGGAUACCAUGGCACAGAUGGUUUAUUGUGCAUUAAUUAUACAUAUCCGAAUCCAGUAACAUACGAUGCCUUUUUAAAUGCUAGUCUCCUAUCAAGUCUGAAUACUGUGGACUAUAACGGAAAAAAUCAAAUAGGUAUUGGAAAGUUCCAAUGGACUUUAGAUUUUAAUAAAAAAGUAACAGGAGGGAGUGCCUUCAUCGCACCAAUAAUUAAAAACACCACCAAUUUAAAUGUUACUCUCAAUACAAACACAACUAAGAUAAUAUUCUCUGACGAUAAUGGAACCCAAACAGCAACAGGUGUUCAAUUCAUUAAAGAGGGUAAAUUAUAUAAUGCUUAUGCAUCGAAAGAAGUCAUUCUAUCAGCAGGACCAAUCGGAAGUCCACAACUACUCAUGCUCAGUGGUGUCGGACCUCAGGAGGAUCUAGAAAACCUCAAUAUAACCGUUGUUAAAGAUCUGUUGGCAAAAACUUGACUGAUCAUCCUGUUUUUGUUGGAUUGUAUAUCAGGUCUAAUCUAACUACUAAUGCUGGAAAUGUUACCUAUAAUUUGGAACAAUGGAUGAAAGGAUUGGGUUUUUUUGGUACUAUAUUUUCAGCUGAUAAUAUUGGAUUUAUCAAUACAAAAAAUGAAUCUGUUGAGCCACCAAACGUGGAAUUUUUAACUAUCAAUCCACCUACAAGUGUUCCAGCUGGUAAGUUCAAAAUACGUUACCUAACAAUAAUUUAUUGAGAAUAAACAUAGCGAAAGAGUUUUAAUUCAUAUAUUUUUCGUUCACAGCUACUUUUUACAAUUUGAACGAAGCCUACACAGAUGUUUUCUCUGCCUAUAAUACAUUGACGGGUUUCCUAGUUUACUGUAUCAACCUUGAACCAAAAUCUCGUGGUUGGUUGAAAUUAAAUUCCAGCAAUCCAGCAGAAUUUCCACUGAUUAAUCCUGCUUAUUAUACAGACUCCAAUGACGAAGAUAUUCAAGUAGUAUAUGAGGCGAUACAAUACAUUCUCUCAUUAUUAGAUACAGAGCCUCUUCAAGCAAUAAAUGCAACUUUGGUAGCAGAAGCCCCCAAUUGUAAUUAUUUGAAAGAGGAAUCAGAAAAAGAUUACUGGUAUUGUGCUAUUAGGUCACUCACUUCCACACUUUAUCAUCCUUCGGGUACAACAAAAAUGGGCAACAGCACGGAAGAUUUAGUAGUUGAUGAAACAAUGAAGGUUCAUGAAAUAUCCGGGUUGAGAGUAAUAGAUGCUUGAUCGAUGCCUAAGCUAGUUAGAGGACAUCCAUUGGCCGCUAUCUGGGCUAUGGCUGAAAAAACCGCUGACCUAAUUAAGAACGAAUACAGAGAACUAUGAAAGUGAUGUUCAUAUGAACAAAUGACCAAUUUAUCGAAGAAUAAUACGUGGAACUACGUAUUUUAUGUAUAUAUUUUCCCAAUAAAAAUAUGUUUCAAUUCU